AUGGAUCAGCGCAAACCUGGACCCGGACGACUCAACAGCGAGUACAUACUCCUCAACAGCUUAACCGAUCUCGGUCUCUCCUGCCUCCUGUCAUCUUCCUCCUUUGUUCCACACUACUUCUUACACAUUGAAGACAUAUUUUCCACAACCACGGUGUCGCUAACCUUGGCCUUGCUUGGUCUAUCCACUUGGCACUUUGACGAACAGCACUUCACUUUCCUGAGCUUCCCCAAAUCCGCCCCUCCCCUGCGUGCACAGAGGGCGAACCCGAGAACUGAACGAAAACAAAUCGAGAUCGAGAAAACGCACGUCUCCUUCACUACUUUCCCUGUCAACCGAGCACACCGCUUUUCUCCAUCAUACACGGUCACUGUCCACCCGUGUGCCUCUUGUCCGCACACUUUCCUCCGGUCUUCGCCUCGUGGCCCUGUCCUCGUCCCCCUUCAUAUCAAACGCUUUGGCAGUGAGGGUCUAGACAACCUGCACCUGUACUCUCCCGCGUCGUUCACCCCAUACAGGCUCGCCCUCAACCUUGCCUUGUACGCAUUCAUGCCCGUAGGCGACGAUCACCGCCAUUCUCUAUCGCCUGACCAAAUCGUUGCUCUCGCAACUGCCUCCUCCUACGGCUGCUGCAUGCUCGACUGCCCCGUGUGGAAUCACCGUCUUCGAAAAGGCCUCCUUUCCAUCGCCUUCCGAAGCUUUUACCGCCUCCCGACCCCCCGGUCGUCAGGGUCCCAAGUCCUUUCGCCUUCACCCUACUGUCCUCGGCACCUCUCCCCAUUCUCUCCACGCUCCUCUACCUCCCCACCAUUCUUCGGCAUUGACCUCGUCGUCCGUAAUCGACAACAACAACAACAACAACAACAACAACAACAACAACAACAACAGCAACACCCAGUGUACCUCGAGCCCAAUCACUAUACCGACCUCCUCACCUACAGCCACUACGUUUGGCUCUUCCGCCUCCUCGCCUCUUUCCUCGUCUUCCUCCGUCUUCUCCUCCCCUCUCUCCCCCUCCCCGCUCUCGCCCCCCUUGUCCCCCUACUCUUCUCGCUGGAGAAGAUCUUUACUGCCGAUCAAUACAUCCGGACAGGGGAAGCGACUUUGAUCUCGUUUAGAGAUAUCGACCGGAGUGGCUUGUCGGAACGACCAUUAAUGGAGGCCACCGCGCCUUCCCCGGCCGAAGACUCGACUUCGCCCCGUACAUUCUCUAACACCGCGGAUCCCAUGUCGAGCCGUCGCCCUACCUCGAUGACUUCGGACGAUGCCGCCGGUCUGUUAGCUCGCCUGCAAGACGAUACCGACGGCUUUCGUGUUGUCAAACUCCCCCGCGGCAAUGUGGCCUCGGCGAGCCCGGCCCCGUCCGGCAGCGGCUCGACCGCAAGUGGCAGCUGGUCGUCUUUCGAGCCCGCCUUUGCCACUUCGGUCCGCACCUCUCAAAUGCAGAACCAGCCCGUCGAACCACAUACGUUCCAGGCCAUUCAGGCCCACGAGUUCUUGGAUCAGGACGAGCGCCCUUCCUUCGUCGUCGACCUGGCCAACCCGAACAACGCCAAUAGUCGGUCCGCCAUGUAUAUGAACCCGGCCCUCAGAGCCUCUGACGCCAAACUCUGCGUCAUAUUGUCUGCCGCCGGAGAACAAACUGCCAAUAGUGACCCGGAUUUUGCUGCAUUCAGGGCCUGGUUCUCGAGGCCCGCCGCCCCCGCCAAGACGCCGUUACCAUCCCAUCAAUACGACGGGAGACGGUGGUCCUGCUCCACGCUUCGCAAUCGGUAUCGCGUCGUCUACUACAGUACCGACUCGGCGCCUUCCUCCACUGCAUCGGUUGGUCUCCCAAUGCCGGAGGUCGACGUCGAAGUGCUGGAGCAACAGAGCCGUAGCACAACUCCUUCGCGCAGCCGUUCCGAUCCCCUCGCCAACGGCGAAGUUGACGAGCUUGAUGCCGUCGAGACGCCGCCGCACGACUCCAUGGCGGUCAGCCCGCUCGAGGAUACCAUCAUGAUGGACAGCAUCGGCAGACAUCACUCGGACGAGUUCACCAACCAGGUUAUCCAAGCCGCCUUGGUGAGGCCGUCCUUUGACUGGACCCGCAUAGCCCUGACGCCGGAUAUCGACGAGCACAUUCAGUUCGCGCGAAGCAUCGACUGGGGCUCGACCACGCUGGGCCCCAUCGAGAGUUGGGGCGCCGACCUGCGGGCCAUGGCGAACCUGAUCAUGGGCAGCCCGCACCCAGCGGCCGUGUACUGGGGCGUGGAGAACGUGGCGAUCUACAACCAGGCCUACAUCGACCUGGCGGGCCAGAAGCACCCCGCCCUGAUGGGCCAGCGCUAUCAAGACGGGUGGGUCGAGAUCUGGGAAGACAUUGCCCCGACCAUGCAGAGCGCCUGGGAAUCGGGCCAAUCCACCAUGAAGAACGACCACCAGCUCUUCAUCAACCGCCACGGCUUUCUCGAGGAGACCUUCUUCUCCUGGUCCAUCGUACCGCUCGUGGGGAGCGACGGCCAGGUCGUGGGCGUGUACAACCCGGCCUUCGAAAACACGCGACGCAAGGUGAACGAGCGGCGCAUGUUCACCCUCCGCGAAGUGGGCGAGAAAACGGCGACGGCCCGGGAUGCCAGGAGUUUCUGGCCCCGUGUCAAGGACGGCCUAGAGUUCAACGAUCUCGACGUGCCCUUUGCCCUCAUCUAUUCGGUGCGAGAGGACUACGACAGCGAUUCCUGCUCGAUGCAUUCCGGCAGCGCCGCCCACCCGCCUCGGGUCCAGUUAGAGGGUUCCAUCGGCGUGGACCCCGAUCACCACGCCUCCGUUCACAGCCUCGAUCUCCGCUCUUCCCAAGAAGGGUUUGCUCCCUACUUGCGACAGGCCAUGGCGGCGCCUUCGUCCCCAUUGGUCCUCUCCGCAGAUGCGGGCACGCUGCCCCAUGAAUUACUGGAGGGCAUGAGUUGGAGGGGCUUCGGGGACCCGCCCCGGACGGUGGUCGUGCUCCCCGUUUAUCCCACGACGGCCAAGGAAGCGGUCGUCGGCUUCAUCAUCAUGGGCACGAACCCUCGCCGGCCGUACGACGACGACUACAAGCUAUUUACCGAACUGUUGUCACGGCAGCUGGCGACGUCGCUGGCUUCGGUCGUGCUGUUCGAGGACGAGAUCAAGCGGAACCAGCGCGAGGCCAAGCUCGCGGCGCUGGACCGAGAAGAACUGCGGACCGAGCUCGUGUUGAGGACGCAGGAAGCGGUCGAGAGCGAGUACAAGUUCACGCGCAUGGCGGCGUUCGCGCCGGUGGGCAUGUUCAUCGCGAACAGCACGGGCGGCAUCAAUUUCGCCAACGAUACGUGGUGGCAGAUCUCGCGCCACCCGCGCGGCGAGGAUAGCGCGAACACGUGGAUGGAAAGCGUUCGGGGCGAGGACCGGCCCGGGGUCGAGACGGUGUGGCAGAAGCUCCUCCGGGAGAAAGCGGCCAUCACGCACGAGUUCCGGUUCAAGUGCAGCCGGCAGAACGGAGACCACACCAUCGACACGUGGGUCCUUUUGAGCGCGUAUCCGGAGAAGGACGAGGAUGGCAACCUCAAGAGCAUUUUUGGUUGCAUCACCGACAUCUCGUCGCAGAAGUGGGCCGAGGCGUUCCAGAUGCAGCGGAGAGAGGAGGCGGUGGAGCUGAAGCGGCAGCAGGAGAACUUCAUCGACAUGACGAGCCACGAGAUGCGCAACCCGCUGAGCGCCAUCCUCCAGUGCGCCGACGAGAUUGUCAACACCGUGUCGGAACACCGAUCCGAGGUGGAAGACGGACUCCGGGACGUCCUCGACCGGUGCUUCGAGGCCGCCAACACGAUCAACCUCUGCGCCAGCCAUCAGCACCGCAUCGUCGAUGACAUCCUCACGUUGUCCAAGCUCGAUUCGCAGCUGCUGCGGGUCACGCCGGAUGCCGCCCGUCCGAUUUCCAUUGCGCAGACGGUUCUCAAGAUGUUCCGGGCCGAGGCGGAAGCGCACGACAUCGAGCUCAACUUUGACGUCAGGGCGUCGUACACGGACUACGGGAUCGACUGGGUCAAGCUCGACUCGUCCCGGCUGCAGCAGGUGCUCAUCAACCUGAUGACCAACGCCAUCAAGUUCACGCAGGACCGCGAGACGCGCAAGAUCUGUCUGACGCUGAGCGCAUCUCGGGACCUCUCCGAAGUUGUCGACCACGAGCCCCAGUACUUCCCCAGCCGGAGGGAGGACUCGCAAGAGGUGAUCAACGACAAGGACUGGGGCACGGGCGAGGAGAUCAACCUGCACUUCUCGGUGCAGGACACGGGCACGGGGCUCCGCGAGGACGAGAAGAAGCUGCUGUUCCAGCGAUUCUCGCAAGCGUCGCCGCGGACGCACGUCAAGUAUGGCGGGUCGGGCCUCGGGCUGUUCAUCUCGCGCAUGUUGACGGAGCUGCAAGGCGGGCAAAUCGGGGUCGUCUCGGAGAAGGGAAUCGGCAGCACGUUUUCGUUUUACAUCAAAUGCCGUAGGACGGAGGCGCCGCCUGGGGAACCGGGCAGCAGCGGCAGCAGCCAUACGCCUUUUAGUGCCGGUCGCACGCCGCGGUCCGGUACGGUUUCGGUCUCUUCGACGCCUCCGCCGGCUACGGGGACGGCGCGGCGGUCGCCUCCUCCUCCUCCUGCUCCUGCUCCUCCUUCUCCUCCGCCUCCGCCUCCGCCUCGGCGCAAGUGGGUCGAGCCGCCUCGCGGUAAGGGACACGACGUGCUGAUUGUGGAGGACAACGUGGUGAACCAAAAGGUGCUGCAGAGGCAGCUUAAGAACUGCGGGAACAACACGCACGUGGCCAACCACGGAGGCGAGGCGCUGGAGGCGCUGAAGCGGUCUUGUUACUGGAUCGGCAAUGAAGAGGAGGGAUAUCACCUCAGCGUGAUCCUGAUGGAUCUCGAGAUGCCGGUGAUGGACGGCAUGACGUGCGCGAGACGGAUCCGCGAGUUGCAGCAGGAGGGAACGCUCGUGAGGCACAUUCCCAUCAUUGCUGUCACGGCCUAUGCUCGGCCUGAGCGGGUCGCGAGUGCCAAGGCCGCCGGCAUUGAUGAUGUGAUCUCGAAACCCUUCCGAAUUCCUGACCUGACGGCGAAAAUCGACGAACUGACUGCGAAAUACAAAGACUUGUCGGCAGAGGACAAGAAUUUAAGGUUAAACUCAUGA